CAGUUUGUCUGAUAGACGAGUCUUCUCAGCACAAAGCAAGCAUGGGUUGGUGUAGGUGAGGAGUGCAGCAGCAGCAAAACUAUGUCAGGAUUAAAUUUCCAUGGCUGAUGGAGGCGGAGCUUGUUGAAGCUCAGGACUACAGGAACACAACUGAACUCUGCUGCUGACUAAACUUCUGAGUCUUUAUGCUUUUCAACAACGGAUAAGUGCAGGCCACCUCUGACGGGCUACAGGCACUGAGAAGAAGACUCGCUUGGAGAUGAAUCUGCUCAAGAUUCUUGCCGUGCUCUUCCUGCCAGGAGCUUGGGGUCAGAGCAGCAGCAGCACUGGCGUGGUGGUGAAGACCAUGAACAUGACUCUCCCUGCUGGUUCCAGGGCUGUCCUGCCUUGUCACAGUUCCCGCAUGGUGUGGACCCGAGACAGGCUGAAGGACCGCAAGAGGGUGGUGCACUGGGACGUGGUCCACAGUAGCCCUGAAUAUUCAGCUGAGCGAGUCCUGGACAUGUCACCUGGAGCCCACCAGAGGGUGUACAAUGGCUUCAACAAGGGGCGCGUUUCCGUCCCAGAUUCUGCCUUCAGUGAUGGAAAUUUCUCCCUCGUCAUCAGCAAUGUGGUUGCAAGUGACAAGGGUGUUUACACGUGUAAUCUACACCAUCACUACUGUCAGAUUCACCAGUCCAUUCAGAUCCAGCUCAAUGUCACCAAGUCAGCUCGUAAAGAGAAACGUUACUGGGAUGGAGAGAAGACUGUGUUUGUGGUCUUGCUGGGAAGCUCGGUGGUGUUGCCUUGUGUGAACCGGCGGCCUCUUUGGAGAGACGGUCUCCAGGAGGACCAGCAGCAGGUGGCUCACUGGGACUUCCAGCCCCCUGGGGUACGUCCUGACAAGGCCGACCGCCUGGUGGACCUCUAUGCUUCUGGAGAGCGAAGGGAUUAUGGACCUCUGUUUGCUCAGAGGAAGAUGAGUGUGGAGGAGGAUGCUUUUACACUAGGGGACUUCUCGCUCUCCAUCUCUGACCUAAAGCCUGUAGAUAAAGGCCUUUACUCUUGCCACCUGCAUCACCACUACUGUGGCCUGCAAGAGAGGCGCAUCUUCAGACUCACGGUGGGACCUCCACUGCCACUCCAACCCACCACGACCUCCAGAACCUUCCUUUAUGAUGAGCUGGAACCAAAGGUUGAAGAGGUUUCACGAAAUAAGGAGAGUCCACGAGUUGUGAACGUGUUCCUGCCUGAACAGAGAGGGUAUUUUGUGCAGCAUCUAGGCUAUUUCUUGGCCAUCAUCCUGCUGCUGGCGGUCAUUGUUGUUGUUGCCAUCAUCAUGUUGACUAGGCGCCGCAAAAGACGAGAGCUGGGGUGCGAGAGUGGGCGGUCUGUUCGGGUCAACGUGAGCAGUGGAGAUGAAAUUGCGUUGGACUGCACCGAGCUGAAUACUUGUAAUCAAGAAUGUUUGAAUUCAGAUUACAAAAACAACCUGCUGAAAGAGAAAGACAUGACCAAAGACUGCAACAGGGAAUUUGAUGGGAAGAUGUGGAAGUGAGUGUGAUGUUUCUGAGAAGCUGCUGGCAGGUCCAGGGCAAAACGCAGAGGACCAAGAAAACUCAAAUCAAAACAGGAAAUCCAGGAGAGGACAAGGGGAAUACUCCCUCUGCUGUAAUCUGAGCACGCGAAGCUUUUCAUCACUAUUUUAUUUUACUUUUUUACAUAGUCACCUUGCAUCUCAUCUACAAAACUCAGUGGUAUUUGAUCAUUAGUUUUUAUGUUCGAUUAUUAUUGUCUUUCUUUUUGUUAUUUGGCAAAAUGCAUAUAGAGAUUCUUAACCGUGCGCGCUUCCAGACCGUUUAUAAUGGAUGACUUUUGGAAUAUUUUCUUCUUACGUUUUGCUGUAACUCACUUUGUAGAUUAUACAUCACUGCAUUAUAAAUGGAUAGAAAUAGACAUAUUUGGAUGUAAACAAAUGCAACAUGUUAUGUUAUAAUCAAGUAAAAUCAUGUAAAGUAUGUUUUAAAGCCCCGUUAAAGUAAUCAGAGCUGACAAAUGAAGCCCAGAACGAAUACACAAUAGUAGAUUACAAUUGUGUAAAAGGAAUAUGUGUAUAUAUAUACUUUUUUUGGACUAAAGGCCCAGUUCUCUAAAUCUCAGGAAAGUAAAUUGAAUUCCUAGACUUUACUCAUUUGUUUGCAUAAAGCAUGUAUAAUGUAAUAUCCUCAUUUUCAAAACACUGAAUUUUUUUUCUGAGAAACCUGCAGCAUUCAUGUAAACUGUGCGUCUGUCCUUCUGUGACACACGGUGAUGACUCUCCGUCUAGAUGAACAAUUACGUUUUCUCCAGCUUGGUGUGUACACUUUACCCUGGGUCUUUUCUGCUAUUUCAUCAAAAAUAUUCUGUUACACACAUUUGGGAUCCGAACGAGCUCGGAAUAAUCUGAAUGUAAGAAGAAAAGGGAAAUGGUAUGACUGGAGGGUUUUAGGAAUGCUCUUAAAAUAUGAAAACAUCAGUUGUGUCUUUUGUUUAUACAGAAUUACCCAUAACAAAUGGACAGUUAUUUUUGUUUUCCAUGAAAUUGUCAUUAGAGCAUGUAGGCUGAAGAUGAAAAUAAAGAAUAAAGCAGG